CAUUGAAGUUCGUCACCCUUGGAUGGAUGUUCCCGGCGAGCGAGUCCUGUCCACGUGACGUCACAUGUUGGCCCAUAAACAAUUCCCAGUCAACACAGACCAUCAUUUCCGCUCCAGCUAAACCGCAAACCCGUGACCGCUAACCCGUAUUGGACCCCAGCCAACAUGGAGAACUAUGACAAGUCCCAGCGGUCUGUUUUUGUGGGCAACAUUCCCUAUGAAGCCACCGAGGAGAAGCUCAAAGAGAUCUUUAGCGAAGUGGGGCCGGUGGUGUCAUUUAAAUUGGUCUACGAUCGCGAGAACGGCAAGCCCAAAGGCUACGGAUUCUGCGAAUUCCAUGACCCAGAAAUGGCCUUGAGUGCCAUGCGCAAUCUCAACGGAUUCGAGAUCGGCGGACGGACACUCCGAGUGGACAAUGCUUGUACCGAGAAAUCCCGCAUGGAGAUGCAGCAGCUUAUGACGGGGGCGGCUGCCGCGGCGGCUGCGGCUGAGGCCCAAGAAAGUCCGUACGGCGAGGCCGUGGAGCCGGAAAAAGCCCCGGAGAGCAUUUCACGCGCGGUGGCGAGUUUGCCGCCCGAACAAAUGUUCGAGUUGAUGAAACAAAUGAAGAGUUGCAUUGAGAACAACCCGCACGAGGCCCGCAAAAUGCUGCAUCAGAACCCGCAAUUGGCUUAUGCGCUCCUUCAAGCCCAGGUGGUCAUGAGAAUCGUUGAUCCGGAGUUGGCCGUGACCAUGUUGCACAAGACGCAACCCAAACCUGUGAAUUUUCACCAAAUGACAGGUGGACCCGCGCCUGUUAUGGGUGCACCAGGACCUUCGGUGGGACCCGUGCCCGUGCCUGUCCCGAACCAUGGAUUUGAUCCCAUGCGUGGGGCUGCGCCCAUGGAUGGGCCAGCUUUUGGUGGUCCAGGAUUUGGGGGUGGGGGUCGGGGUCCCGUGCCUGAUUUCGGGGGUCGACGCGAUCCUCGCAGCCGCGAUCGUGAUCCACGAGCCAGUCGUAUGGGCGGCCCGGCUCCCAUGGGGGCACCGCCCGCCGUUCCGCCAGGGGGUGGCGCCCUGCCAGCCCAUUUGGCCGGCGCAGAUCCGGAUAAGGCCCAAUUGAUCAUGCAAGUUCUCAAGCUUACGGAUGAACAAAUCGCUCUCCUUCCUUCCGAACAACGUCAGAGCAUCAUGGAGCUCAAAAAGCAGAUCAACGCCGGGAAUUAGUGGACUCUAAAUGUUUAAUAUCUAUUAUCACCAAAACGUUUGGCGCACAGCCUCAGUAUCAAAGAGUUAAAUAAAGCCAGAAUCAUAUUCAAA